AUGAAAUAUUCAAAUACAGUCCUAAUCAUUCUGAUCUAUCUAGCGAUUUUCAUAAAUCGAACACAGCAACAAACAAUCAUCAACAUAACAAUAACAACAUGUAAUGAUUUUUCAUGCAAUCUUCGACGAACUCCAUGUUCAACUAAUCUUGACUGUGAAUGUUUUGCUCAAGCAUCAAAUUCCAGCACAGGCAUUUGUGCUUCAGCAAUGAUAUCUUGUUCAAGCCUUCCGGCUUGCGAUAUGAAUAAUCGAACAUGUUCUUAUGAUGGUACAGUAUGUGUGCAGAAUACACGUUGCGGUGAACCAGUUUGCUAUCCAACACUUCUAGCAAGCACUUUGAUGUGUCCACCUCUACCGACAACGACAACGAGCACGACAAGUACCACUAGCACCUCAAGUACGACUAGUACCUCAAGCACGAGUAGCACUAGUAGUUCGACCAGUUCCACCAGCUCCACUUCUUCUACUAGUACCACUAGCACAACGAGUACAACUAGCACAUCAAGUACGACUAGCACAUCAAGCACAACACAACAAGUACGACUAGCACAUCAAGCACAACCAGCUCUACUAGUUCCACCAGCUCCACCAGUUCUACUUCUUCCACUUCCAGCACUUCCACGAGUACCACCAGUGCCACCAGCUCUACUUCUUCCACUUCUACUAGUACCACUAGCACAACCAGUGUCACUAGUGCCACCACUUCGACUAGUUCCACCAGCUCUACCUCUUCCACUUCUACUAGUACCACCAGCUCUACCUCUUCCACUUCUACUAGUACCACCAGCUCUACCUCUUCCACUUCUACUAGUACCACUAGCACCACCUCCUCUACUUCCACCACGUCGACUAGUUCCACCAGCUCUACGUCCGCCACUUCUUCUACUUCUACGACAUCCACUAGCUCCACCAGCUCCACCAGUUCGACUAGCUCUACUAGUUCGACUAGCUCCACUAGCUCUACCAGCUCCACUAGCUCCACCAGCUCGACUAGCUCCACUAGUUCUACCAGUUCCACUAGCUCCACUAGUUCAACUACCUCAACAAGCACAACGAGUUCUACCUCAACUACAACAACAACAACAACAACUANCCACUAGCUCCACUAGUUCAACUACCUCAACAAGCACAACGAGUUCUACAUCAACUACAACAACAACAACAACAACUACCACCACUACUACGACAACUACGGCCAUACCUUGUGCAUGGUCACAAUGGGUCAGUAGUCCGUGCAGCGUCACAUGUGGUAAUGGCGUAUAUAGACGGCAGCGUAACUGUAUUGACACAACUGGUGUUUCUUGCGAUAGAAUCAAUCAUGUGUAUUUCUUCUUUAAUGAACAAGUGAUUAUGUUGUUGUUGUCUGCGAUUGUGACAUUGUUCAGCAUCUCAGAUUACAAACCUGUCCUUUGA